AUGCAGCUCGACACCGCCGCUCACCGCAAGGCCUCCGGCUUCAUCCUCAAUGAACGGUCAUGCGUCUUGUCUUCCAAAAUGGACAUCUACCGUGAGCAGAGUAUCUGUCAGGCGAGGGCUGCUGUCAUGGUGUACGACGAUGCCAAUAAGAAAUGGGUUCCAGCAGGCGGCUCCACUGGCUUCAGCAGAGUGCACAUAUACCACCACACGGGCAACAACGCCUUCCGGGUGGUGGGUCGCAAAAUACAGGACCAUCAGGUGGUAAUAAACUGUGCCAUUCCCAAGGGGCUCAAGUACAACCAGGCCACGCAGACCUUCCACCAGUGGCGUGACGCCCGGCAGGUCUAUGGCCUGAACUUUGGCAGCAAGGAGGAUGCCAAUGUAUUUGCCAGUGCCAUGAUGCAUGCCCUGGAGGUGCUCAACUCUCAGGACACAGGCCCCACGUUGCCUAGAACGAGCCCCCAGGUUCAGAAUGGACCUUCACCAGAGGACCUUGAGAUGCAGAGAAGGCAGCUCCAAGAGCUCCAGAGGCAGAAGGAGGUGGAGCGCGAGCGGCUGGAGCGGGAACGCCAGGAGAGAGAACGGCUGGAGCGUGAGAUGCUGGAGAGGGAGCGAGAACGGGAACGCCAAGACCAGGAGCGCCAGGAGCGGGAGCGAGAACGCGAGCGCGCAGAGAAGGAGCGGGAGCACGCUGAGCGCGCCGAACGGGAACGCCUGGAGCGCGAACGUCAGGAGCAGGAGAGGGAGCAGCUGGAGCGGGCGGAGCGAGAGCGGGAGCUGAUGGAGAAGGAGAAACAGGAGAGGGAGAGGAUGGAGAGGGAGUCUCACCAGGAGCAGCAGUUGGACAGAGAGCGGAUGGACUGGGAGAGGGGUAGACGCAUCUCCAACGCCGCGUUUGAAAGUACCCUCUACACCCCACCGCCUCCCGAGUCCUCCAAGACCAACUCCACACCCGUGUCGCCCACCACCCCCAACUACCCCCCCCCUGCCCCGUCGCCCGCUUCGGCGACACCCCCCACCCCUCCGCUACGACACUCUGCCUCCCGGUUUGCCACCUCGUUGGGCUCCGCCUUCCACCCGGUCCUGCCCCACUACGCCACGGUCCCUCGUCGGCAGCCGGUCCCCCCCACGCCCCCAGCCCCUGCACCGGCCCCCGCCCCACCCUCCAAGUCUGUGUGGUCAGUGACCAACUUCAGCCCGCUGCCCCCCUCGCCCCCCGUCAUGAUCAGCAGCCCACCGGGCAAGGCCACCGGCCCCCGUCCUGUCAUUGCCAUCCCGGCUCCCAGCCCCCUGUCACAGAAGCCCCCCUCGCCAUCCUCAAACGGGCCUCCCAUGUUCCCCGCCCCUUCGCCCGUACUAUUGGCAACAGCAGCAACCCCACCCCGCCCCCCCCCUCCAACCCCGCCUCCCCCUCCACCGCUACCCCCUCUCUCCCUGUCGUUGUCCUGCCAGCAGUCGCCCGUCGUCUCCCCCAUUGCUCCCCUUUCGUCCUCUCCCUCAUCCCAGCCUGCUGUUGUCCCUUCUCCUUCCACAGCUUCCCCCGCUGAGCUCUCUGUAAACCUCUCUGUGCUGGGAGACUCCUGCUCCUCGGCUCCAGAGGCCUCCCAGCCCGCAGACCCUCUGGCCCAGCAGGACACCGUGCAGACGCCGGCGCUGCCCACCCCUCCUCCCCCUCCCCCCCUCCCUCCCGGCUCCACUGUGACCCCCACGGCCGUUGGCCCGCCAGCCCCGCCAGGCCCCCCACCCCCUCCGCCCUUACCCCCCACAGUCACGCCUACCAGCAGCGGGCCCCCUCCCCCUACCGGACCCCCACCUCUCCCCGGUGGCCAGGCCCACCCUCCCCCUCCCCCAGCUCCUCCCCUGCCGCCGGGCCUCUUCUCCCCUUCGGAGGACCGUCCCCUGUCCGGAUUGGCCGCUGCCCUCGCUGGAGCCAAGCUGCGUAAAGUGCCAAGGAGUGACAGUGGCGGUGAUGCGGCAGCUGCCCUGGCUGCAGCCAUGGCUGGGAGCUUGGCCGGCCCUACAGGGGCCAAACCGGGAGGGAACGGCCCUCUGGGAGGAGCACCUGGAGGAGGGGGGCUAAUGGAGGAGAUGAGCGCCCUGCUGGCCAGGAGGAGAAGAAUUGCAGAGAAAGGAUCAUCACCUGAGCCAGAGCAGAGAUCUGACGAGAGCGGCGAGGGAACCAUAACUCCCAAAGUGUCAGCCUGUAGCACACCAGACAUGCCCAGGAAACCAUGGGAGAGGACUAACACUAUGAAUGGUAGCAAAUCCCCAGUCAUUGGAAGACCAAAGUCCACGCCCACGCCCACCGGGUCCCUAAGUGCCAACGGGGUUCCGACAGAAGGUCUCGACUACGACCGACUGAAACAGGAUAUUUUGGACGAGAUGAGGAAGGAGUUGUCGAAGCUGAAAGAGGAACUAAUUGAUGCCAUCAGAGAGGAGCUGGGCAAGUCAAACACGGCAUAGAAGGAUCUCACGUCCCUGUUCAUUACUGGGCAUCUGCGAUAGGUCUACUUCCAAUAGGACAAUAUUAUAAAGAAACAAAAAUGGAAAACAAAAAAAAAAAGUUUAAAAAGGUGGCGAUGAUAACAGUAACCAUAUUAAUAGAGAAGACAGUUUGUGGCCGGAGCAGCAUCAGACACAGCUGGGGGACGAGGGAGAGCAGGGGGCGUGUAGCAUGGACGCACUGCUGACGUUCAUCUUGUGAAGCCUGGCCGUUCCCGCUUUUUUCCCUUUGCCUCAAUGGGUGGGCAGGACAGUCUUAAGAGAAGUGACUGUCAUUAUGCAAAGAUUUCUCACUCAGUAACACAAGAAAACAAGGAAAAUCAGCAAAUAACAAAAAAAAAACAACAUCCAACAGAUAACUGUAUUAAAGUCUGACAAAUCAAAUAGACAGCAUUCGCACUAAGAAUUGGGAUUCUUAUAAGAAAAGGGCACAUUUAGUGGGUGAAUGUGAAGUUUGGAGGCAGAAGGGGAGGGAAAGGGUAGUAGGACUCAGUUUCCCAUAGGGCCAUUGGAGGGAACGUUGGGAUGUUAAUGAGGGACUGAUGGACUUGGUAUUGUCUUUGUCUACUGCUGCAGGACUGUAAAGCUUGUCUUCCUCAAAUACUAUUUUAACCUGAAUAUGUACAAAAGAAAAAAGUAUCUACAAGUCUAUCGAUCAUUUCUGUUUUAAUGUAAACCAAGGCCAUAUCAAGUAGCUUAAUUCAAUCUUUACCAGACGGUCUGUCUCUUAGUCUUUUGGCUUAAUAUCUGAAUAUCAUUAUCUUUUUUCUAUAGAAAUGAUUGCUCUAAAGAGCUGCUGUACUGCAUUUCUGACCACUGUUUCUGUGUUGCAAUCUGAUGAGACAGUCAUUAAAGGUACAUGCCUUUCUACAGUCAAUCAUUGUAGCUCUUUACCAAACAACCUCUGUCAAUUAGUGAUGGUUAAUGCUAAAAUCACUAUUACCAGAUCUGUAGAAAGAGCUAUUUGAAAUCUUUGUACUGUUACUAUGAUCUGAACUUUUUUUUUUUU